AUGUCAUCAUGUGUCUCUAGCCAGCCCAGCAGUGACCAGGCCGCCCCCCAGGAUGAGCUGGGGGGCGGGAGCAGCAGCAGCAGCAACAGCGAAGGCCAGAAGCCUUGCGAGGCCCUGCGGGGCCUCUCGUCCCUGAGCAUCCGCCUGGGCAUGGAGUCCUUCAUCGUGGUCACCGAGUGCGAGCCGGACUGCGCCGAGGACCCUGGCACGGCCCAAGACCUGCUCCUGGAGGCUGAGGGCCUCGAUGCCGGGGCCCAGGCCCGACCCCGCCUCUCCAGUCGCAAGCUGUCUCUGCAGGAGCGGUCCCAGCUGGAUGCAAACGGCCGCUGCGUCCACCCGGCCCAGCCCUCCUCCCCCGUGGGCUCCCCGCAGUCCUCGCCCCGGCUGCCCCGGCGGCCCACUGUGGAGUCCCGCCACGUCUCCAUCACGGGUUUGCAGGAUUGUGUUCAGCUGAACCAGUACACGCUGAAGGAUGAAAUUGGAAAGGGCUCCUAUGGCGUGGUCAAGUUGGCCUACAAUGAAAAUGACAACACCUACUAUGCGAUGAAGGUGCUAUCCAAAAAGAAGCUGAUCCGACAGGCGGGCUUUCCACGUCGCCCUCCGCCCCGAGGCGCCCGGCCAACCCCCGGGGGCUGCAUCCAGCCCAGGGGCCCCAUUGAGCAGGUGUACCAGGAAAUUGCCAUCCUCAAGAAGCUGGACCACCCCAACGUGGUGAAGCUGGUGGAGGUCCUGGAUGACCCCAACGAGGACCAUCUGUAUAUGGUGUUUGAACUGGUCAACCAAGGGCCUGUGAUGGAGGUGCCCACCCUCAAGCCGCUCUCUGAAGACCAGGCCCGUUUCUACUUCCAGGACCUGAUCAAAGGCAUCGAGUACUUACAUUACCAGAAGAUCAUCCACCGGGACAUCAAGCCUUCCAACCUCUUGGUGGGAGAAGACGGGCACAUUAAGAUUGCAGACUUCGGCGUGAGCAACGAGUUCAAGGGCAGCGACGCGCUGCUGUCCAACACGGUGGGCACACCGGCCUUCAUGGCGCCCGAGUCGCUCUCCGAGACCCGGAAAAUCUUCUCCGGGAAGGCCUUGGAUGUUUGGGCCAUGGGUGUGACACUCUACUGCUUUGUGUUUGGCCAGUGCCCGUUCAUGGACGAGCGGAUCAUGUGUUUGCACAGUAAGAUCAAGAGCCAGGCCCUGGAGUUCCCAGACCAGCCCGACAUAGCCGAGGACCUGAAGGACCUGAUCACCCGCAUGCUGGAUAAGAACCCCGAGUCGAGGAUCAUGGUGCCCGAGAUCAAGCUGCACCCCUGGGUCACGAGGCACGGGGCGGAGCCGUUGCCGUCGGAGGACGAGAACUGCACGCUGGUCGAGGUGACCGAAGAGGAGGUCGAGAAUUCGGUCAAACACAUUCCCAGCCUGGCGACCGUGAUCCUGGUGAAGACCAUGAUUCGAAAACGCUCCUUCGGGAACCCGUUCGACUGCAGCCGGCGGGAGGAACGCUCGCUGUCGGCGCCCGGAAACCUGCUCAGGAAGCGCGGCAGCGAAGACAGCCUCCCGGGGGCCGACCCGCCCCUCGUGGGGGAGGAGGAAGUGCUCUUGUGA